AUGGAGAGGCUUCUUGACAUUGUUCAUGUUCAAGAUACUAGUGCUUUAUCUUUAAAGAGGGCAAUUGUUAAUUUACUUGCUCAACAUUCCUUAAGUCUAUCAUAUGUGCGUGGACAAUGUUACGAUGGGGCAAGCAAUAUGAAAGGUGAGAUCAAUGGCCUUAAAAUGUUGAUUAGGAAAGAAAGUAGAUCGGCCCAUUCCAUUCAUUGUUGUGCUCAUCAACUUCAACUAAAUCUUGUUGCGGUCUCGAAAAAAUGUAUUGAAGUGGGAAAACUUGUUGUAUUGGUUUCAAAUAUUUUGAAUGUAUUGGGAUCUUCUUUUAAGCGUAUGGAUGAAUUUCGAGAUUCUCAAAAAGAAAGAAUUCAAGAGGCAUUAGAUUUGGGUGAGCUUACAACCGGUAGGGGCUUGAAUCAAGAACUUGGUCUUUCAAGAGCUUGUGAUACGCGUUGGGGAUCUCAUUUUAAAUCUUUCAACAAUUUUAUUCUUAUGUUUGGCUCUAUUCUUAAUGUUCUUGAAUCACUUGUUCUUGAUGCACGAUUAUUGGAUGAAAGAGCCAAGGCAAUGGGAUAUCUCGAAGCUUGUCGAACAUAUGAGGUUGCGUUCAUGUUGCAUUUGAUGAGUGAUGUUUUAGCAAUCACAAAUGAGCUUAAUAAAUGCUUACAAAAAAAGGAGCAAGAUUUGGCAAAUGCCAUGCUACUUGUUGAAUAUGACAUUUUGGUACCUAACUUUGAGAAGCCAUAUGUUAGCUCUUUAAGAUCACGAAGGAGACUUGGUGACAAUAAUGUCUCUUAUCAUUAUCGUGUUGAGGUAUUUUGCAAUAUUAUUGAUUGGCAACUUCAAGAACUUAAAGAUCUUUUUGGCGAAGUGACGAGUGAUUUGCUUCAUGUAAUUUCUUGUUUGAAUCCAAUUGACUCAUUUUCAAGUUUUGACAUCAGGAAAAUAAUGAAAAUGGCUAAAUUAUAUCUUGAUGACUUUAAUGAAUUCAAUAUGGGUCCUCUUGAGAAUCAACUUGCAAGUUACAUUAUUGAUGUUCGUGAUGUUGAUGAAAGGUUAUAUGCGGUGAAAAAGCUAUUAUGGUGCUCUAUUGUGUUGUGCUUGAGGUUACUGAUGUUGCGAAUUAGAUGCAAUCUCUUGUUUUGGGUAACGUAUGAUUUCCCACUGGAUGUUAGAGAAAAGCUAAGGCAUCAAUGGGGAUCUGACUGCAAAGGUCAAGCACAGAAGCGGACUGGUACCUAUGAAAUGUCAUUAUCCUAA